AUGUUACCCUCUGGGAAGAGGAAAGCGGAUGCAUUCAGUUGCACAUCCGCUGCUAGAGUCACCGCCAAACUGGCCUUGUCCUUUCUCGCUCUCUCGACAACACCACUCGUCAACGCUUUCUCCUACGAAGAACCGAACGCGCAGAUAGUCCUACCAAUCGAUGCAUCACCGAUCACGCCACUUCUACCAGAGCCUCCAGUACCGGCUGAGCACAAAUUCACACUCCGACACAUCUACCACCACGGUACCUACGAACAUCCGACACUGCACCGCAAAAAGGAUGUACCCGCACAGAACGCCGACGUAUGGCUAGCGGCCGACGAUGAAUAUGGCCAAGAGCGCAUCGGAACCCUCAAGGCGCGCAGCAGCCCGGUGCGGAUACAACGACUUGCCGACCGGAGGCCUAGCGUCGUAGAUCCCAUGGUCGCUUAUGCACGACAACAAGGCUACGCUUCCGUCCUAUCACCCGAGGCAUGGACCAUGGACGAGGUUGCCGGGCCUGAUAUUACGGAUAAAGACACCAUCAUAUCGUUGGCGCUUAUGGCUGCUGAUGCCUAUGUGCAGACUCCAGAUGGCGCAGACUGGGAGGAUGUUGGGGCCCCGUUCAACAGGAGCCUCGAUUUUGGAUGGGAGGGUGAUGGACUUCGGGGCCAUGUGUUUGCCGAUGAGACGAAUUCGACCAUCGUUAUCGGCUUAAAGGGAACAUCGGUUGCUGUUUUCGACGGUGACGGCACCACCACCAACGACAAGGUCAACGACAACCUCUUUUUCAGUUGUUGCUGUGCUCAACAAGGACCCUGGACCUGGCACCAAGUUUGUGAUUGCGCGACAGGCACUUACUCUUGCAACAACACCUGUGUCGUCCAGGCAUUGCGCCAAGAGAACCGCUAUUACCAAGCCGGUCGCGAGCUCUAUGCGAACGUCACUGAGCUUUACCCCGACGCCAACGUGUGGAUUGUCGGGCAUUCGCUUGGAGGAGCCAUGAGCUCUUUGCUUGGCUUGACUUAUGGUGACCCGGUUGUGACGUUCGAGGCAGUCCCCGAAGCUCUCCCUGCCAAGCGACUGGGACUUCCUAUCCCCCCUGGAUCGGACCCAGAUGCGCCUCAGACUCGAGAGUACACGGGAGCUUUCCACAUUGGUCACACAGCCGAUCCGGUGUACGUCGGUACCUGUAACGGAGCUACCGCAACGUGCGCUAUUGGCGGAUAUGCAAUGGAGUCAGCUUGUCACACCGGCCGGGAGUGUGUCUAUGAUACGGUUGGCGAUUUGGGCUGGCGUGUUGGCAUUGGCACCCACAAGAUUCGUGUGGUUAUUUCGGAUGUUCUCAGAAAGUAUGAGAAGGUUCCCGAGUGCAAGUUUACACCGGAAUGCAGAGAUUGCGGAAAUUGGAAGAUGUAUGAAAGCAAUGGAACCGAAACCACGACCACCUCGAGCGCGCCCACUUCGACUUCCAAGACCCGGACCCGGACUGAAACCUGCAAAACUCCGGGAUGGUGGGGAUGUUUGGACGAAACCACUACCACAACUGGGACGGCAACCACGACGACAAGCGAAGUGACCACAACCUCUACCACUACGUGCCACACUCCUGGAUGGUUCGGUUGCAAGGACAAGACCACAACCUCGACUACAUCAACAACAACUCCUACUGCGACGACGACAACAACAGCAACAAGCAGUACCACAUGCCUAACUCCUGGAAAGUUCUGGGGAUGCUAUGAUAAGACUGCAACGACGGAUAUCGGAUCACCAUCCACUUCGACAGAGCUUACGAUUACUUCAGCCCCAGCCCUGCCGAGCUCGGUGCUUACCCCGUCAGCAACGGCUACUCGGCCAGAGGGACAGCCUGGCGAUGGCGGUAAACGUUGCCGUGGCAGGACAUGGUACGGGGUGUGCAAAGACUAUGAGGGCGGUGACGAGCCCGUUAACGAUCUAUAA